AUGUUUUCUUCCGGCCAUUCAAGCACCAGGCAUCCCACCAUCCGGGAACCAUCCCGCCGCGCCUCCAUCAUCAACUUCUUCAAGCAUCGCAAGAGCAAGGACCACAGCGCCGACUCAACCGACCUCCUCCAGGGGGCGCUAGAGAACCGACUUCCCCAACAAAGCAGCCAGCAACAGACCCAACAACAACAACCCCAAUCCCAGCCCCGACACCUCCGCCGCCGCCACCACUCCAAAGCAGCCCCCCUCACCACCAACCCCACCCCCGACUCCCCGCCACCACCACCCAGAACGCUGUACAAACCACACCCCCAACCACCGCACACCAACUUCAGCCUGCCGUCGAACCCGCCCCAGAAGCAGCAGCCGCCGCCGACGUCUUCUUCUCCCACCCCCGGGCCGCGGCCGCCCAGCUCGGACGGCGGCCUCAAGCUGGAAUCAUCCCCCUCGCUACUACCUCCUGUCCCGCAGCCCUCUCCCCUCACUCCCCCACCCCCUCCCGUGACGAGUUCGGUGAGGUCGUCGUUCGAUCCCCGCGCCAGUAUCAGGGCGGCGCUGGGGAGGAUUUCGUGGUCGGUGGCGCAGGGUGGGAGUGGGGAUGAGGUGGGUGUGAGUGCUGUUGCUGGGGGUGGUGGGGGUGGGGGUGAGGCGUCUUGGGGUCGGGGCGGUAAGAAGGGGGGUGGUAAGGAUGCGUGGAAGCGGCUGCGGAAGAUAAAGCGGAAGGGUAGUAGUGGCGGUGGUGAGGACCGGGGAGGAGGAGGAAGAGGUGGUGGUGGUGGUGGUGACGAGCCUGAGGAGGAUAAGGAGGCCGCUGAGAAGAGGAAGGCGGCGGAGGUCAGGGCUUUCAAGGCGCAUGAGGCGGCGAGGAUCAUGACGGCCUCGUGCAUGGCCGGUGGUCGGGCCCGGAAGAUGAAUCGGGGGGCGAACCGGGUUCAGGGGCUGGUUGGUGCGGAGGAAGGGGAUGGAUCAUCAGCUCAUGGCGGCGUCGGGCAUCGGGCGGGCCAGACUCGGAAGCUGAGUCAGUUCUUGGGGAAGUUUGACCCGUACCCGGAGUUGUACUGGCGUUUGUGGGAUAAGGAUAUCCCUGGCGGCUUGGAAAUGGAACCGGCUGGGGAAUUGUGGGAAGGCGGCGAGAUGGAACGGGCGGGAAGAGGACUGCCGUCUUGGGCGGGCGCCUGAAUAGUGGCAUGUUUGUUGAGUCCCGCUAGAUAUACAACUUCUGAAUUCUCCAAUAUCACCGCCCACCCCCU